UCUUUUUUAUUCUAAGAAAAUGAUAUCUACGCCUGAUUUAUCCCAUAUCCAAAAACAGGACUAUGGGCGUGUUUAUGAGCCUGCAGAGGAUACGUUUCUAUUGUUAGACGCACUUGAAGAAGAUCAAGAUCUGAUUCAGUCAAUCAAGCCACGCAUUUGCUUAGAGAUUGGAUCUGGAUCAGGUUGUGUGACAACUUUACUUGCCAAGAUAGUAGGGGACUCAAACGCAUUGUUCCUUACGACCGAUAUUAACGAGUUUGCAUGCCAAACAACCAAGCAAACAGGACUACAGAAUGCAGUCAAGCAUAUUGAGCCCAUAUGUACAUCCUUAGUAGAUGGUCUAUUGUCACGCUUAAGAAAUCAAAUAGACAUUCUUUGUUUCAAUCCUCCUUAUGUUGUCACUACACAUGAAGAAGUAGGCAGCAAAGGCAUUGAAGCAGCAUGGGCAGGAGGAAUUGAUGGAAGAGAAGUGAUUGAUGAACUGUUACCUUAUGUCAAGCACUUGUUGUCACCAAAAGGCAUAUUUUAUCUGCUUUUGAUUAAUGAAAACAAACCUGAACAAGUUGUGGAAAUCAUGCAAAAAGACUACCAAAUGAAGGCAAAGAUUGUGUCUCAACGUCGAGCUGGUAGAGAAAGACAGUUUAUUGUAAAAAUAGAACACACUAAUCUUGAGAUGCAUUGAUCAAGAGUUGUGUGUUUCUGAUCAAGGCAUUGU